GAGAAAGAGAGGCCUAGGAGCCCCGAGCAAGGCCUACAAGACUCAAUGCACAUUCUUCAAGCGACAUUGCAUGAUCCAUCACUUCGCCUUCCUCGUCAUCCACACACGUCUCCUGCGACGCACCUGGCAGGCCCUCUUCUUGUCUAUUUGGCUGUAUCUUGCACGGCGAUACAGCCGUCGCCGGUGCAGACACAACACGUCUGCCUUGACCGUUGCCAUGCGUAUUGUCACGCGAAGCACUCGGUGGCAGAUCCCGCAGAUGCGACGGAGAGGCCGGGAGGUAACGCGCAGAGGUAGCCAGUAGUAAUCC